UGUAAGAUGUCCUACUUCACUCUUCUCUUUUUAGCCCUCGGCAUCCUGAGCAGCUUCAUGAGCGAGGUUUCUGCUCUCAGAUUGCCACUUCCAGGAGACAGUGAUCCUAAUAGGUUUACAUGGGGACAGUUUCCAGAGAACGCUCAGGAGAUUCCCCGGAGUCUGGAGAUAGAAGACUUCAGUCUUAAUGUAGCCCCAACCAGCGGUCGUGUGAGCUCUCCCACUAUCCUGCGACUUCAACCCAUAAUGGCAAAACCAGCACACCUGCAUGCCAACCUCCCCCUUCGCUUCGGACGGGAUGCGCAGGCGAGCACAGGUGACCGUGCUCCCAAGUCCACCAUCAACCUCCCUCAGCGUUUUGGCCGAUCCUGCACCAUGUGUGUGCGCUCAGGGACUGGACCCUCAGCCACCCUCCCGCAAAGGUUUGGGAGGAGGAACAUAUUCGCUUUAGACCCUUUUCGUGCCUUGACUCUGUACACACGUACACCUGAAUCACCAUUUCCAAAAGAAAGGACUCAACUCCACGACUACAUGUUUGAAACAAUAGAAGACUCAGAAGAAAGUGUAAAGAACACAGAUUACACAGCUUUAGACUAAUGAAGCCCAUAAAAACAACAGCGGGUUAUGAGAGAUGUUUUGUUUGCCAGUUUUAUGAAUUUCCUAUUCUUUUUAUGUAUUUGCAUCUGUACUUGCCUGCUUGUAAAUUGAUUGAGUAAAGCAAAUUAUAAGUAACA